GCGACCUGUAAAUUACAAAGGUCAGUACGAGUGACCUGCUGAGAGAAGUCAUGUCAGUUUGUCAUCAUCUGGCCCGAAAGUGUUGGAAAUUUGACCAUUUCACAGGUGUUUAAGCCAGCCAUCUGCUGAAGAUGUUACCCACAGGCUGGACGAGACCGUAGAACAAAAAGCACAGCUGGUUAUGGCGGCCAAUACACCGCGUUGUGCUGACGUCUAAGGGCACAAAAUGGCGAUUUCACCCCUUCACAUAGUUGUGCUGAAUGCAGUGAUAUUUGGGGUCCUGGCAACCAUCUUCACAGUGAUCGCGGUGGCCACAACGGCAUGGCAGGAUUACAAGUGGGACUACAGUGCACUGCAGAAGUUAAACGACACUAACCACUGGCAAAUAAUCGAGCCAUCGUCGAGUGAUGGCUAUUACAUAGCUAAGCAAAAAGUGACGAACACAGUGAACGAUACGGAGAUUACGGCAUGGGUGGAGAAAGAGUUCUUGUACGACACGUAUACUGGCGUCUGGCAGAUCUGUAAUUCUCUGUCCGACGAAGCCCUUCAAGCCGUCGGGAAGAAUUCCCGGUGCUUCGGUUUUGUGACAGAAUAUAACGAGGAAACAACACAAUUUGAUGAAAACGGGAAAUGGUUGGCACGUAUGCACAACUCGGCCGCCUCGUGCUUCAUUGUUUCUCUUGUUGACCUGUUCGCCGCAUUGGUGAUAGGAGCUAUAGGCAUCUCCCAGAGACAAGUUUCCGUUUGUAUGGUCACGGGAGUUCUUUAUGUACUCGCAGCUGUGUUUUCGGUGUUCGGCCUAGGGAUUUUCCACAGUAAGAACAACAAUGAGAAAUAUGAGUGCUACGCUCUGGAAAACAUCCCAGAAGACCUUUGCUCCGCCCGCACGGUCACUGUCCUCUGGUCGCUUCCUCUGGGCUGGGUUGGGGUUGCCUUCGCUCUCAUCGCCUGUUCUAUCUGGCUGUUUCUGGCACGAGCGCUCAGAGUCAUCAAGGCUAAGACGAUGAACAUAUAACCUUCUGUAGACAAGUGCCAUCGAGUGCUGUACCAGGCCGCUUAUUGACUAGAUCGUUUUCAGUACGCAUAAGCAUCAUUCUCUAGCCGUAGAGUACGUCAAUAUCGCCUCAACAAUAAAUCUCUUAGAACUGUAAUCCUCAAGACUUACAAUGCAUAUACACUUAAUUUCUAGUACAAGAACGGUGGUAAAUCCGUUACUAGACCCACCGAAUUUCAAAUGUGCGCGAAUUGCAAAACCAGUAAAUCACAAGGCUAAAAUAGAGCAUUUCAUAAAAGCUUUUAUGGGUCAUUUAAGCAUAAUGAAUGUAUGUUAUACGUAGAGACAAUCCCGAAUACCACGUGGAACUGUCAACCAUUCUAAAAAUAAAGCCAGCUGUCAACGUUUGUAUGUACUGUUUAAAAGUCAUCGAAGAUUACUAGAAAGGAACGUUGAAGUUUUGCAAGAGAGGGAAAUUAAUAAGAGUAACUUGUUGAACUGAGUAAGACUUUUUAUAUAAAACACUUAACUUUAGAUAUGAAUCGUUUAACUCAUUACUUGUUUGUCUGUGCAAGUGCAAUGUCUGAGUAAUUAUUUUAUUCGAGGCCAAGUUUUGUUAAACUGGCCUUAUAGAACUAAAGCUUUUAAAUGUACCAUUUGUUUGUUCACAGUGCUGUUAUGAAAAGUAUAUCUUGUCCAAGCAUGGUGGUAAGAUCACACAAUCUCCGCCACAAUCCACCACCUUCAACCACUACGCUUUAUGACCUGGAUAAGCAAGCAGCAAAGCAAAUGCAGAAAGCAACUUGUAAACGUUUUGCUUCCGUGUGUAUAAUUUCAGUAAUCAGUAGAUUUCAAUAAUUAUUUGAUGUUUUGAUCGGCCGGCCUUUGAUCUACAAGCAACACCAUUUAGAUACUUUCUUCAGUCAUCUUCCACUGUAUGAAGUGAACGAGCCACCAUGUCGGUAUGACAACACAACAAAUACUGCUGUAUAUAUGCUGGUAAUGCCCCCAUCAUCGCUCCCGCGGUGGCAUGUUUUUCCAGUUUCCGUCCUCAAAAUUUCAACAUUAUCUAGUUUUUAAUUGCUGUUAUCUUGCGAAAACUCCACUUUGUGUUUGUUAUCAACCAAAUACCUUUUUCGCUGUUUAAUAUUUUAAUAUUAUGUGAAUGUUUUAAGCCAGAUUAACCACCAACAAAACUUUAACUGUAACACAAAAUGCUAACAUCCGAAUAAGCUUUAAAAAUCCGAAUAAAAAUAUUUUUCUUUUGUUUCAUUUGGAUGGCAUUCUAUCUCGGCACUGUAGUAUUGAAUUAAGCACAUGUACACUAUUACGUUACAUUAUUGAAGGUUGACAUUCAGAAAAUGUGCCUAUUUAGGUAUCAUAUAGCAAACUAUUUCUAAAAGCUUGGGGUAUUACACACUCUGAAUUGUUCACAUUUAAACCUGCGAUUGUUGAAAUAUAAUUGUUUUUUUUAUGCUUUAACAUUCUUUUCUUUAUAUAACGAAGGUUUAUUACAACUAUUGAAAGUUUUGUCUCAUUCAUUGACCCUUAUUGUAGCAAUGCAGUUUACAAAUAUUGAAAUAUUUCCAUCGUUAUAUGGAAGGUUGAAAAUCGAGAAAGGGUUAAAUAUCACACUGUUACUCUUCAAUACGUGUUGUUUUCCACCAACAGGUUAGCUUCUUUGCACACCUUGUAAGACAUUUGUAUGAAAUGUCGGUGACAAUUCAUAUUAAUAGUGGAAUUUUAUAAUACUCGCCAAAUAUUAUUGUUCUUGUUUAUGUUGUUUUCAUUAUGAGGCUUAUAUGUCAAUGGCCUAGUUGGUUAUGUUGGUUAAAAUCUGCACUUUAUUCAUGGAGCUGCAGGAGUACUCACACUUUAGCAUGUUAGGUCUUUUGUACGCGUUAUGAAGUCAAGGUUGUCAAUUCUACAUUCAGUCCUUCUGUUUUACAUUGUACGGUGAACAAAUAUAUAAAAACGGCCAUAUGUGGAAGCCGGAUAAGGCCAUCAUCGUGCCAUCGUACCAUCGUUCCACGAUGGCUCGAAGCGAUGACACGAUGGCACGGUGGCAUGGUACCAUCGCUUCCUGUGACAUGGCUUCAUGCAAUCGUGCCAUCGCUCCGCUCCAUCGUCAGGUGAUGGCCCUAUGCGGCUUCCAUAGCCAUAUGUUAGCAUCUCGCACAAGCUACACAGUGUUUGUCCGUGCAUAAUACGCCCAGUUUUUGAGGUGUUAUAUAUAGUUAUGUGUUACUUAUUAUGACAGGUGAUACAAAUAAAUACUGUCCUUGUUAUCUGUUCAGUGUUAUAUCAUCAUUUUUCACAUUCUGUUUUACGACUUAUUUUCCGAAUUUGCUGUCCGUGUUAGGUAUAUGUGAUACGUAGCCGUAAAUGCUUAUGGCUUUUUUUAGAUAGCUGGUAAUUAUUUAUGUAUAAAAGUACUAUACCUGCACCUAAGUCAUACCAUACACCGUUUGAUUUAUGCAUUGCAAUGGCUUACGCGAUCGUUUUAUCAUAGAAAGGCUAUGGCAAAUGUUUUUAAUGUCAAAAGUUAGCUUCUUUGUAGAUUUUGUUGCUAUAAAUGUACAUGCUUUAUUUUUAUAACUCUGUUUGUGUAUGAACCUAAAUAAUACUUAUAAUACCUAAA